AUGACGGAGUUCCAGCACAACCAUAAUCAAAAGGACCACCAGGACCGCCAGAAUAGCCAGAACGCCGAGUUAAACGAGGACCACCAGAAACUGAUGACUUACCUGAAAGUUCAGAACAUGUCGGGCCAAUCGAAAAUUCAGGAGGACCCGGUCUCCCAGGAUACCCAGGAAACGAAGAACAUCGAGAAUCAAAAGGAGAUAAGGAAGACUGUGGUAUUCCAGGAGCGUCAGGAGUUGCUGGGCUACCAUGAGCUUCAGGAUUUUCAGAACCAAAGGAAGAGACAAAGACUGAAGGCCAUCACUUGA